UGAAACGGCAAAAAGACACUACCGGCUCCAAGCAAACAAACACCCGCGCAUAAUCUGCCUUACUAAGGUACAGGCAGGCUCAUAAUAGCUGGUGAGGGCCGACUCAGGGGCACCCGACUAUAUUCAUGCCCGGUGCGACAGCUGCUGCAGCCAGGACGCUGCGGCGGCAGUUCCCCUUCCCCCUGUCGCUGGGGACAGAUAUCUGCAACAUCCCCAGGAUCCGCAGGAUUCUCGACGGGCCACAGCGCGAUCGAUUCAUCAGACGCGUCCUCUUACCGGAAGAGCGAGGCCGUGUGUAUAAUUACCUAAACACCACCCCGGCCCAGGCUUCAGCACCGGCUGCGGCAAAGAAUUCGGAUGAGGAGCUCGGACGCCGAAAGGCUGCCGAGUUUAUGGCUGGCCGAUUUGCCGCCAAGGAAGCCGUCAUCAAGGCGCACCCUCACCUGCGCAUCUCGUUUGAAGACAUCACCAUCGCGGCCAGAGAGCCCGACCCAAAGCGCCUGGGAAACGCGACCGCCAACGCCGGCGGCGGCGGAGGAGGGCCGCCCGUGGCUCUGAUACGCCACGUCGAGGACGGGCGCGAGGUCCUGCAGGAGGCCCUGGUCAGCAUCAGCCACGACGCCGACUACUCGACUGCCGUCUGCAUGGGCAUGACGGACGGGACCGUGGGAGGGAGCUGAGUGAAUCUCCCUCGGACACGGGGAUGGUUCGAGAGGACGCGGCCUCCGUGCAAUUGCUGCGGAGAGUUCUGCUCUGGGGCAUGGUGCUUGGACACCUUGGAGUGGCGGACGUAUGGCGUGGAGACCUCAGCCUAGCCGGCGCAUAGAGGUUGCCCUCUCGUCAUGUUUUGAUAGUCGUCAUGAUUUGACAGGCGCCCG